AUGGGCGUCGACAUGGUAGUGAAGAACGGGAAGCUGGACGAGGUCAAGGGCGGGCCGGUGUAUUGGGUAGACUCCGCCGACUCGCAGCCCUGCUGCGGCACGGCGGGCAUGCUGUCGUGGGAGCUGACGGCGAACGGCCGGCUCUUCCACAGCGGGUUCCCCCAGAAGGGUAUCAACUCCAUCGAGAUGCUGGUGGAGGGCCUGAACCUGAUACAGCGCCGGUUUUACGAGGACUUCGCGCCGCACCCCAGCGAGAACGGGUACGGCUUCUCCGUGGGCUCCAACAUGAAACCCACGCAGAUCGAGUGCGCCACGGGCUCGCUGAACCAGAUCUGCGGGGGGACCUCCACGGACGGCGCGGGCAUCACUGCGGAGCCCGGGUGA